AUGGCUGAGCCCCAGGACACGGAGGGCAAGAGGCAGCGGAAACCGGGGCCAGUGCUCGCACCCGCGCGGAUGGCGCGCGUCAUGGCGCUGGCGCCCAAGCCGCAGGCCCCGAAGACUGCGACCACCAAGGGCACGGCGGAAGAUAGAGGCGCCAAGUUUGUGGAGCUCGGCGGAGACGCCAAGUGCGCGCAGGGGCAACGGCGAGGAGAAGGGAGGACGCCCGAUAAGAAGCCUGCGCCUGGCGGCCACCCACUCGGUGCCCACCCGCCCACGCAGGACGACACGUGCGCGAAGCAAGGGCAAGAUGAUGAAGAAGGUGUCCAAGAUGGAGGUCAGAGCAGCAGCAGCAGCAGCCGCGCGGCGACUGCGCUCGUCGGCGCAGACGACUGCGAGUUGUCGAUCCCUGGGGAGGCGAGGCCUACGUCAAGUUGGGGGGCUGUUACUGGUGGUGCCACCGCUGCUGCAUGGUGGAGCGACGCUUUUUACUGGCGUGGCGGUGCGUAG